UGUUGGUGGUGAUAAUACACUGCAGCUGCUUGUCAGCCUAUUUCCGCUUCCGGUGUAAACAAACAUGGCGGUUCAAGUCAGCAAAAAUGCGUUUUUACUCGCGUUUGCGGUUUAAGAUAGGAUUUAACGGCGAACACGAUGGUUGACACCAGCACAGAACCGAGUUUAAUUCGAUAUUUCUGCACGGCCGGUAACGGAAUGGAGCCGUUUUUAGUCGACGAGGUGAAGAGGAAGUUAACGGGCCAAGACGUUAAAAUGUACCAAGGUAAGGUGCUGUUCUCUUCCUGUGCGAAUAUAAACACAAUUCGGGAUAUCAAGUCUGCAGAGAGACUCUUCUUGCUGUUGAAGCAUGACUCACCUGUGAAGUUGCCCGCUUACACCAGUCCAGCAAGAGCGGCCUCUGUGCUGCAGUCCACGCUGAUAAACGACGUCAAACUGUGGACUGAUGCUGCAAUGACGUGGAAGCGCCUGCAGGGGGAGCUGGCGGUUAACACUGGAGAGCUGAGGGAGGCUGAAGAGAAGUCUGAUGAGGACUUGAGAAGAAGUGACCACAGGGAGGAAGAGGAUCAGGAGGAGGCUGGCAGUGCACUCAAUGGAAAACAGACCCCGGGAACAAGGAGGUCGAUGAGCCAGAUGAAGAAGAAAAAGAGGAAGAUGAACUGGGAAGAUGAGCCGCGUGCUGCCGAGGAUGAGAAAAGCGGGGAAGUAGACGACUUGACUGUGGGGAAACACGCAAAAGGGAAGGUAGCAAAAGAAACCCGCCUGUCAGAGGGAUCCUCAUCCGUCCCGCUCUCCUUUCGGAUCAACUGCAAGUGCUCUGGACCCCUGUCACGCAUCCUCAGUAUGCAGGAGAUAAGCAAAGCUUUGGGAGUCAGUCUGAGUCACCAGUUAGGCUGGAAGGUUGACUUGAGGAACCCUCAGCUGGAGAUUAGCGUGUACCUGACUGACGACCUCUGUCUGCUUGGGAUUCCACUAACCAGGCUCCCUCUGGCUAACCGGAGCUACAUCAAAACCACAGGACUGAGGUCCACAAUCGCCUGGGCUAUAGCUGAACUGGCGCAGAUACAACCAGGUAACCUUGUGCUGGACCCAAUGUGUGGAGUAGGAACCAUCUUAAUAGAGGCAGCCCAGGAACACAAGCUUGCCUAUUUCCUGGGUUUGGAUAUUGAUGAUGGACAGCUGAGUAAGGCCAAUGAAAAUGUCUCGUUUGCAAAGCUGGGAGACCAAAUGCAUCUGUUAAAGGCUUCAUCUACUGAUAUUCCUUUGCCGAGUGAAAGUGUAGACGCGGUGGUCUGCGAUCUCCCAUUUGGUAGGAAGUUUGGCACAAAAACCAAUAUGGCUUCCAGCCUGCCCCUCAUCCUCACAGAGAUGGAAAGAGUCCUCCGUGUGGGUGGAACCUUGGCGCUCCUCCUGAGUCCCCAGUUGUCAUGUGUCCUGAAAAAACUGCUGACACUCAAAAACCCUGGAGAACCAUCAUCGUCUCACCAGGAAUUACAGCCUCAACCUGGCAGAGACGACCGCCCUGCCGUUCCCUCAAAGCAAGAAGAAGCCUCAGACACCACAGCAACAUCAACACAGGGACCAGAACCUCAAACCGGGCUGCAGACCGGUCCACCUGCCUCGCUCUCCUCUCUGAGGCACCAGAUCACUCUGAGACUCAGCUUAGGUGCCAUUGACGGACUUUUACAUAAAUAUAUCAAAUUUAGCCCCGAACAACAAUGAAGAAAUUACCUUUUUUUGACAUGGCAGCUCAAAUUGUUCCACCAAGGGGCCACGUACUGAAAAGUCAAAGCAUCCAGGGGCCAUUUUGAUAUUUUGUUGUUCGUAAAAAUGCUUAAAAAGAAGAAAAUAAAUAUAAUGAAAGACAAAAA